CCUCCUUCUCUCACUUUUCUGUUCCCCCUCCCUCCUCUUCUUCUUCCUCCUCCUCCUUCUCCUCUUCUUCUUCUUCCUUCCUCUUCAAUUUCGCUCAGCCCAGGAAAUAGAUCCUUUCUUGACUCUUCCUUCCUCUCUGCUGACUCCCUCAUUUCCAUCCUCUGGCUCUAAUCAAUUGAUUGGUAGCUUUUCCUCUCACUUCAUUGGGAGGUGUCCAGUUCACCACGCGAUUUUCCAGUAUUGCAUUCUCUGAAAACAGUAGAGAAAACAGUUUUAGACAUCAAUCGCUCAUCAUGGCCUUCCCAUUCAUGAGGGCAUUCCUAGCGCUCUUCUUCUACCGUUACUUCCGUCUGGUGGUGAACCUGUUCUCUUUCUGGACCUUCAAGCCUAUUGCGAUCCCAGAAAAUCCCAAGUUGACAGCUAAAGAUGUGACGGUGAUCAUUCCGAGCCUGGAAGGUUGUGGCGACGAGUUGGUCGAAACCAUUAGAACAAUUCUGGAGACCCAUCCCUACGAGCUGCUUCUUGUGACCAUCGAGGCCAACCUGAAAAAGGCCGAGAGGAUGCUGCAGGCAAUGCCUGCUUCCAAGUCAAGAAUUCGUCUAUUCUCGGUCACCCACCCCAACAAACGACGUCAGAUGACCCGGGCAAUCCCUGAGGUGAGAACGGCUAUCACGGUCUUUGCUGACGAUGAUGUGAGUUGGCCACGCACCGUGCUCCCGUGGAUUCUCGCUCCAUUCGAGGCCGACGAAAGGUUCGGGGGCGUUGGCACCUGUCAGCGCCUGCGCCGUGCGUUCGACCCAUCCUUUUCUCAGCGAAUCUGGGGCUUCCUGGGGGCCCUUUACCUCGAACGCAGAAAUUUUGAUUGCGCCGCUACGACUCAUAUUGAUGGAGGCCUCCCAUGCCUCUCGGGACGAACAGUCGCUUACCGAACUAAAAUCAUCCAGGAGGAAGGUUUCACCAACGCAUUCACCAAUGAAGAAUGGUGGUGGGGAAAGUACCAGCUGAACGCCGACGACGAUAACUUUAUUACACGCUGGAUGGUUUCGCACGGUUGGGAGACCUACAUGCAGUACCAUCCCGAGGCUGAAAUCUUGACCACUUUGGAGGACAACUCGAAAUUCCUGAAACAGUGUGCGCGAUGGUCACGAAGCAACUGGAGAAGCAACCUGACUAGCAUGUUCCACGAAAAGCACAUCUGGUACCGCCAGCCUUGGAGUGCUUACGCCGUCCACCUGACAACACUCUCGCCUCCAGCUCUGCUGGGUGACCUGUUACUCGUCAUACUCUGCCACAAAGCUACCGCCACAUGGGAUGCAGAGUCGCACCUUCUGGCGAUGCAAUCGCUCUAUACGUGGAUGUUCAUCAGCAAAUGGAUCAAGUUGGUCGGACACUACAUUCGCUACCCGGUGGAUGUCCUCUACUUGCCCGUCUCCAUACUAUUCGGCUAUUUCCACGGGAUCAUCAAGAUGUACGCCGUCCUAACGCUCAAUGUGACUGCGUGGGGUAGCCGCGAAGGCGCCGAUGACUACGACGCUGAACGCAUGAAGAAACGUACAGAGAUCGAACAGUCGAAGCAAUCUUACUACUAUGCUGAUUCUCUCACCCAAUCAUUGCUUCCUUCGUGGAAUGAUGACUGGGCGGACGAUCAAAGGAAAGAGACACCCACGGUCUUGAACUCUCUGCCUCUCCAGGUACAUACCUCGCGGUAAAAUUGAUACAAUUUUGCGCAAGGGAUCCUCCUCAUCAUCCGUGCGCUUUACGAUUCUGAGGAUGGCCCGAUGGCCUCUUCAAGAGUCCGCAACGCUCACUCUGUCCUUUCAUCCUAUCCACCAAGGACAGUGGCCGCGCAUCCAUUUCCCUGGAUAAUUCUCUUCUUA